AUCUUCAUUGCAAACAAGUAGGAGCUAUUAGAAGGUUAUAUAUCAUUAAGUUGAAAAAAAAGGAAAAAUAAAAGCUUAAGCAAAUAUCAGUUGCAGAUCAGACAGAUUUUAAAUAGGAAGAAAAAAGAAAGAAACCGAAAAAGCUGAGUGUUGUGGAAAGGGGGGUGCAGAGAGGAAAUAAAAAUCUUGGCUGAUGACGUAUGUUGUAUGCCUAGGUAGGCUAAACCGCAAAGAUGCAAAGUUAGUCCUUGUCAGCUCCGCUGCAAGUGCAACUAGAGUUAGAACAACAAUAUGUCUCUUUUCAAUCUAAUGUUUUUCUAUAUCUUUGGAUGUACAACUUUUGAAAUGUAAUUUUCUUUUUGACACAUUUUUGACGAAAAACCUAAAUAUUUGCAUACUUUUGCCUGUUUUUUUUUUUUUCGCAUCUCUUUUUAACAGGAAAUCGCUUUAAGAAACAACAGUGAUAAAAAUGGAGCAAGAUAUUGCUGACCUUUUAAGUGAUGCAUUCUCAGACACAUUUCUAUCAUCUUACCCAGAAGAAGACCUAAGCUUUGACAGCCUGAGUUUUGAUGAAGGUGAUGAGAAAAGAAACAAGACAAUUGGUUACAACAAGCUAUCAGUGUUGACAGAGGUGGAUGAAAGUGAAGAGGUUCUGAGUAGCAUAUGUGAGGAAGAUCUUUUUCCGAAAGGUGAAAGCGGGGCUGAAAGAACAAUUUCGCAGAGUCUGGAUGUGGAUGCAAAGGAGGAAACCAGUGAUGAGGGUGAUUCAAGAAAAGAAAGAGAUGAAGAUGAUAUUCAAGAAGGCAUCACUGAGGAGGUGGACUCAAAAGAAGACAAACAUGAGGAUACUGUAACAGAAUCUCGAAAUAAGGAAGAUUCAAGUGAAGAAAAAGAUAAAGAUGAUGUAUUGGAGAUGCAGAAAAUAGGUGAUGAGGAGAUGGGCUCAGUGGAAUAUAGAGUAGGGACCGUCGUACAGAAAGAUAUCAGAGACGAAAUGGUAGAUGUAGUUGGUGAAGAAUCAAGCAGUGAUGAGUUGGAUUCAAGAGAAGUUAAAUAUGAGGGUGUUGUAAUGGAUAAAUCCACUGAAUACCCAUCUGAGGUGAACAGGCAACAAAAGGAAUAUUUUCAGGAUCAAGAGGAAGAUGAUGGUGGAAUGGAUCAUUCCGCUGAAUGCACAACUGAUGUGAUAAGAAAACAGAAGGAAUAUUCUGAGGAACAAGAGGAAGACAUGGAAAAGACACAAAGUGGGAAGGGUAGUUAUGUCACUGAUGAAGAAGAGGAAAGCGAUGCAAGUAGAAGAAAACAUGAUGAACUGAAUUACGGGCUCUGUUCCCUUCAGGUAGACAGGCAAGAGGAUGCGGUAAAAACUCAUGCAAAUGAGAGCAAAGAAGAAGAAAUUUAUGAAGGUGAGCAGGAAACCUUGUCUGCCACAGGUAUUGGAAGCACAGGAUUUUCUAAAGGCUGGUCUCCUGUAGAGAAUGAGGAUGCACACAAUAGUCUUUUUGAAGUAUUACUUGAACCACAAUUUGAAGAUGACAUGAAAGAGUUUUCUGAGGAUGACCUGGGUGUCAUUGGGGAAGACUAUGCGGAGUACCCAGAGUGUUUUCAACAAAAAGAUAAAGGGGAAAGAACAAAAAAGAUGGAGGACAUGCAAACUGAAUCAAUGCGGAAGACACCAAAGCUUGAAAUGGAAGGGACUGCACAACUGGGAGGAGAAAUAUUUGAGUGGGAGCUUCUAGAUAGACACACAGAGUUCCAUGGUGAAUUCAGUGGGAGUGAAGGGACAGCAAGAGAUAUUCCUGAUGAGAAACAGAGCACUGUUCUAAAAAAUUUAAGAGAUGGAUCGCAAAAUAUGUUUUUGGAAAGAAAACAUACUGAACAGCAAGAUUCAGAAGGAGACUGUUUAAGAAAAGAGGAAGAAGGUAUGGAGGGAAACAGACCAGUAAAAGAUGAGAUGGGUGAGGGUAUACAAGAAGUAAUGGGGUAUUCCUUUGCAUGGAAGAAGAUAGACAAAAGAGAUUUCAGAGAUUCGGAACCCCAAAAGGACACAAUGGUGUUUGAUGUGACCCACGGUGACUUUCUUGAUGUACGAGAUGAAAGUGGUAAUGAAUUUCAAGAAAAAAAAAAAUUAGAGGCAAAAUACUGCAGUCAAGAGAGUUAUGAUAAGCAACAUGUCAGCUGGACAUGUGGCAAUGAGAGAGAGAAGGAGACUGGGAGGUCUCCAGAAGGAAAUAACGGACCUUUUCCGAAAACAAGAUUGAUGGAAGGUCUGUGUGACUUUAGUGUAAAAGCCAACAUGGCAUCCUCAGACAUGGGUAGUGGAGUGGGAGAUUUAGAGAGCAGACUUAGCGUUGUGGACAUAGAAGUUGUGGACUUUAGCAGGAUGACAGAAGAUUGUGAGAACACAGGAGAGAUGUCUACAGGGAUGGUGACUCCAAAUGAAUUGACUUUGAAGGUCAACUGGGCUGAAGAUCCUCUAAUUACUGAGACCAGAAACAGUCAAGAGAUAUUUGAAAAAGUGUGCUUAGUUGAAACUGAGAAUCAGUUUUCUGAGUCGGAAGAGAAAAAGCUCACGGAUGUUUCACUUCAAUAUGAAACAUAUAAUGUUACAGAUGCUCAGCAGCAUAAAUUUCAAAAUUACAAUGAAGAGGAGGAAUGGAAUUAUGAACAGGAUAAAGAGAGAACUGAAGAAUUUUAUCAAAACGACAAUGAUGACCAAGAUUGUGACACAAGGCAAAGAAGUCGAAAUUCCAAGAAGCAUACUGUGACAUUCUGCCUGGAGCCCAACCUUCAGAGAGACUCAGGAAGCAGUGACCUGGAAGAUGGAGAUAGUACCUCUUCAGACAGUAUGGAGGACCAGCAUACUUCAGAAACCAGACAAUUCCUGGACCUGGAGGAGGACAGUGAUGAUUACAGACGAAGGCAGACUUGUGCCCUUCUCCAGCAGAGUUCAGCCACUCAAAGGGAGCUGCUGAAUUUGAACAGAGAGCUGAAGAUUCAUCGUCAGAAUGACACGAUUUCCAGGAUGGUGAAGUCCUUUCUGAAGAUAUGUCUGACAACUGUGGUAGGAAUCCUCUUCUUUUGGUGGGUUGCAGACCAACUGGACCGGGUGGGAAAAGAUAGUGUCGACUGAAAAUGCUCAGUCUUUGAGUAAGGGGGAGCUUAUUGUGAUUCUAAUACAUGUGUACUUAGUCAGAAGAUUCAUAUCAGUAAUUAUGAAAAAUUUUAACGUAAGCUAACAAAGUCUAAAGUAAAUAAUGUUUACAGUCAUGUGCCAGUCAUGUCAAAAAUAUGUAUUGCUAGAAAGCUAUAACUUGGCUUGACAUAAUCUUUUGGAAACUGAAUUAUUUGUUUUGAAUAACUAUAGCUAAUCUACUCUUUCUUUUGUACAAGCAUAUGUUAAGUACCAUGCUAUUUUUUCUAUAUGGUGAAAUCUGUCAAAACAACAUUCUUUAUUCUUUUUAAAAUAUAUAAAAAUAUAAUUUUCUUUGAAUGUUUAAUAUUUACUAAUAUUUUCUAUGCAAUUGUGCCAGUUUGAAGUAUUAAAAUAAAAAAUGUUAAAUAAUAAACUCAGUUAAAUCUUUUUGUUUUACUGUAUUUUUAGAAAAUAAAUUUGUAUUUCUACUAUAUGCCACUUCAUGUCUGUCUUGCUACAGUCAACAAUAACUUGAUCUUUUGAAGCAAUGUUAAAAUUAUAUGCUGUAUAAACAUAUAUAUUUUUUCAAAUGUUAAAUUUUCAAUGGAACUGCUAAUAAACGGCUUGAAUUAGUCAGUA